CUUUCGCCGAUCGAGCUUGGAGCGCUGCUACGAGAUGGGUAUCAAGGGUCUGACCAAUCUCAUCUCGGAUGUUGCUCCCAAGGCCAUUCGGCAACUAGAAAUGAAGAACCUCUUUGGCCGCAAGGUUGCUGUAGACGCCAGCAUGUCUAUAUGUCAGUUCCUCAUUGCCGUCAGGCAACAAGACGGCCAGCAGCUCAUGAAUGAAUCCGGCGAGACGACGUCACACCUCAUGGGAUUCUUCUAUCGGACAAUCCGCAUGGUCGAGAACGGCAUCAAGCCUGCCUACGUCUUUGACGGCAAGCCCCCUGAUCUCAAAUCAGGCGUGCUCAAAAAACGAUUUGCAAAGCGAGCGGAAGCGACAGAAGAAGGCGAAGAUGCCAAAGAGACAGGCACUGUCGAAGAGAUCGACAAGCUUUCGCGUAGGACAGUCAGAGUGACCAAGGAGCACAACGAGGAAUGUCAGCGGCUGCUGAAGCUGAUGGGCAUACCGUUCAUUAUCGCGCCCUCCGAGGCGGAAGCGCAAUGUGCCGAACUAUGCCGUGGAGGAUUGGUCUACGGCACAGGCUCUGAAGACAUGGACACUCUGACGUUCUCUUCGCCCAUCAUAUUGCGCCACCUCACCUUCUCCGAGCAGCGCAAGCUGCCCAUUGAUGUCAUCGAGCUCAGUGAAGUCCUCAAGGGCAUGGAGCUGACCAUGGACGAAUUCAUCGACAUGUGCAUUCUCUCGGGCUGCGAUUACGUGGAUCCGUUGCCGAAGAUCGGAGCAAAGACCGCUCUCAAGCUGAUCAAAGACCACGGUGAUCUCGAUGCUGUCGUCGAAGCGCUCAAAGAUACACCUCGAGCGGCGCCCGAAGAUUGGCCGUACCGAGAAGCGCGGGAAUUGUUCAAGCAUCCGGAUGUGCUGAAAGCCGAAGAGGUUGAUCUCAAAUGGGAAGAUCCCGAUAUCGAAGGUCUGGUCGACUUUCUUGUGCGCGAUAAGGGAUUCAAUGAGGACAGAGUCCGGAAAGGAGCAGCAAAAAUCAAGUCUGGCUUGCAGACCAAGCAGCAAGGACGCCUGGACGGGUUUUUCACCAAAGCUGCGCCGUCCGGCGAAUUCAUCAACCCGAUGAAGCGUAAAGCCGAGGAAGAAGCUAAAGCCAACAAAGGCAAGAAAGGCAAAAAGGGCGAUGACAAGAGCAAAGCGAAAGCAAAGGGACAGAAAUGAGAUUUGUGUUCCGCAGACUGUAUAUUUUUGUUGUUCGCAUAUGAGCAGACCGACAUGCAAUGGA